UUGCAGCCGGUCACAAGAAUCGACUUCAUGUCGUCGUCUAAUCACGUUUAUUACUUAUUUUAAUGUAAAAUCGAAUUCAGUGUACGAAGGCCACCGAUUACCGUGAACGUCAAAAGUGCUAUGGCGUUGCGUUUAUGUUUUAAUACUGUCAUUUUUCGUGGUGUUUGUAAAGUGAAAAAUUCAAAAUUUGUAGUGUUACAAAAUGUGAAUUGCAUUAACAAUAAUAUUCGUUGGUACUCUAAAAGUAAUACUUCAGAACAUGAUCUGAAUAUGACUCAGUGUGACGGUCCAGAAUAUGACUUGGUGGUAAUUGGUGGUGGAUCUGGUGGACUUGCUGCCGCUAAGGAAGCAGCCGGAUUGGGUGCAAAAGUUGCCGUUUUAGAUUAUGUAACUCCUUCACCUAAAGGGACCAAAUGGGGUCUUGGUGGUACGUGUGUCAAUGUUGGAUGCAUACCAAAAAAAUUGAUGCAUCAAGCUGCUUUACUGGGAGAGGCUAUAGAGGAUGCUAAGAGUUAUGGUUGGCAACUUCCGCAACCAGAAAAUAUCAAGCACGACUGGGCAUCUCUCAGACAGGCGGUGCAAAAUCACAUUAGGUCCGUAAAUUGGGUGACCAGAGUAGAACUUAGAGAUAAAAAAGUAGAAUACAUCAAUGGUUUGGGUGUUUUUAAAGAUCCUCACACAGUUCACACCGUAACCAAACAAGGAGAACGUACAUUGACAUCUAAGUAUUUUCUCAUAGCAGUAGGUGGAAGACCUCGUUAUCCGAAUAUACCGGGUGCUGUGGAAUAUGGUAUUACCAGCGAUGAUAUUUUCAGUUUGGAGGAAGCACCGGGGAAAACUCUAGUUGUAGGCGCUGGGUAUAUUGGUUUGGAAUGUGCCGGUUUUUUGAAAGGAUUAGGCUAUGAUGCAACAGUCAUGGUUCGAUCUGUGGUCUUGAGAGGUUUCGAUCAGCAAAUGGCUAAACUUAUUGCUUCGGCAAUGGAGGAAAAAGGAGUUAAAUUCCUCCACAAAUGUCUGCCAAAAUCUGUCGAGAAGCGAGCUGAUAACAAGUUGGUUGUCAAAUGGACAAAUGAAAGCGGCCAGGAAUUCGAAGAUGUUUUUGAUACCGUGUUGUUCGCAAUCGGAAGAAGAGCUCUUACGCGAGAGCUUCAUUUGGAUAAGGCAGGUGUUAAAGUAGCCGGAGAUGGUGAGAAGAUAGACGCCAUGAACGAACAGUCAAAUAUACCUCACAUAUUUGCCGUCGGAGAUGUUUUAUAUAAAAAGCCUGAACUAACACCAGUGGCUAUCCACGCAGGACGUCUCUUAGCCAGACGUUUAUUCGGCAACAGCACUGUUCAAAUGGAUUACGAAAACGUGGCAACAACUGUUUUCAGUCCUCUGGAAUAUGGGAGUGUGGGGAUAAGUGAGGAAACGGCGAUACAACGAUUCGGUGAAGACAACGUCGAAAUUUAUCAUGCAUACUACAAACCAACCGAAUUCUUUAUUCCACAACGUUCAAUUGCUCAUUGCUAUUUGAAAGUUGUUGCUAAACGUGAAGGUCCACAACAGGUGUUGGGUAUGCACUUUAUUGGGCCGCAAGCUGGAGAAGUAAUCCAAGGAUUCGCAGCAGCUAUGAAGUGUAACUUGACUGUGAAUGCUUUGAUGAGUACGGUGGGAAUUCAUCCAACAAUUGCUGAAGAAUUUACAAGAAUUAACAUUACUAAGAGGUCCGGCAAAGAUCCCAAUCCGGCGUCUUGCUGCAGUUAAAAUCUUAUUAAUACUACAAUGAAUAAUAGAAUCACAAAAUCAGAUAGAUUUGUACGUAAAAACAGUUAGAAGGCUAAAGUGGCUCCAGUGAUAUUACUUAUCUUGAACAGGCCAUCUGAGGUCAUUUUUUUUAGUAUAAUUAUUUUUGUAAGUAUACAUUUCACAGUGCCUUUACAUUACUAAGUGAAAUGUAUACAUACACAACGUUUAAUCAGUAUCAAGAUCCAUUGUACCUUAAUAUUUUAUUUUAUUACACCGUUUUUGUUCUAACCAAAAUAAAUCACAGAUUGAUUCACCUUUAA